AUGUUGACCCCCAUCAGCACCAACGUUUCUUCACCAGUUCGUGCCGCUCUAGAGAGCCCCUCCCACAAGGUCUGCCGUUCGGCCGAGAGCAAGAAGCUCGAUGUCGAGCUUGCUGCAAAGACAAAGUCGCUCAAGGACUCGGCCAAGGCCAGAAAAGAGUCCAAAGGUCCUAUCCUCAAGCGCAAGAUGGCUUGCGCUACCUGCCGACGACGAAAGGCAUCAGCCGAAGCUGCCGGUCACCCUUCGGCUGUACCCCCUGGUCCUUGCAGCUAUGACUGCGACUCGCAUGAUGAGCCUGUCUCCAACCGCUUCUUCGCCAACGGUUCUUUCCACUCGCUCACCUUCCACAGUCACCCACGCAUGCCCAUGACACCUGGUUUCGGCGUCCCGAGUCCGUACGAUGGCAUGGUCGGCGGGCCCAUGGUCGACAGCCUUAAUUUUUUGCCGCCUACCAGUCCUCACGGUGUUUGGGCGUAUGGCGACUUCCCUAUGACUCCCUCGCGAGUUGCUGGUCCAGGCUGCACUUUGUCAUCGUGCCAGACCACACCGCUGGUCACAACGCCUACGCGCCCCACCUUCCUCACCUCUACCCCCAUGCGCAGGAUCAUCAGCCCGAGCCUGGCCAUCAACUCAACCCCUGUUCAGGAGCACGACGUCUUCUACUCGCCUCCAGCUCAUGAGCAAUGGACGCCUUCGUCGGCCAUGAGCACCGAGUCGGUCUACUACAGCCCCAUGGUGGCAUCUCUUUCAGAAGGCCUCGCCUCGGCAUCUGGCCUCUCUUCGGCAUCUUCCACACCAUCGCUCGCUUCGACGCGCGCAAUCCGCUCCCCCUUCCCAAUGAGCCAGGACCUUGGCACACCGCUGAGCAUGCCACCUACCACUCCUAUCUCGGAUAGCUUUGACGUCAACUGCCUCGGCCCUCCCAUGGUCCCACGUGUCAUGCUAUCGCCUCACGAACAGCAGCUCAAGUGCACCAACUUCCUUCAGUCGCUCGAGCCAAUGCCAUACAGCCUCAUCGACUUCACCGGCGCUGGCGCCGUUCACUCUGAAGCCAUGUCCAUGAUGCCCUCACCAAUGAUUGCUGCUGACUCGAUCGAGAUCAUGGCUGGCAACGAUCUGGGUCUCAUCAACGGUGGUAUCUCGGAUGGCAAGCUCCAAGACCCCUUCAGCACGUUUGCAGGUCUGGAGAUGCCAGACGCUACCUUGCUCGCCAACGCCGCCGCUGCCGACAUGUCGAGUGUGAGUCUCACUUCGGCCAUGCCCGCCGACAUGUUUGUCAGCGCUGCUACGACACCGACCGCACCUGAAUGGGUCGUAUAG